UAGAUAAAUUAAAGCAAGGAAUUUAAAAAUUUACAAAGUGCUAUCAGCGUCACGAAAAUUGCAGCAAUGUUGCUAAUUUUUCUUCUACUGAGUUCAAUAUUUUGUAAAGCAAUAGCUCAACACAGUAUCAUCAGCCCAGGCUCUUCUCUUACUCCCACUAAUAUCUCUUAUUGGUCCUCAGAGUCUGGCCAUUUCGCCUUUGGUUUUUAUCCACAAGGGGAUGGCUUUGCUAUAGGCAUAUGGUUGCCAAGAAUCCAGCAGGCAACUGUCAUAUGGACAGCUAACCGUGAUGACCCUCCUCUGUCCAGGAAUGCUACUUUGAUCUUAAAUACCGAAGGUAAGCUCGUCCUGCAGCAACGAGGAAGUGAACCGAAAUUCAUUGCAAAUAUUCCGAAGCCUGCUUCCUCAGCCUCCAUGCUCAAUUCUGGUAAUUUUGUACUCUAUGAUUCGGAGUCUAAGAUCAUAUGGCAGACUUUUGAUGCCCCCACAGACACCAUUUUACCAGGACAGCAUCUAGCGGCUGAGGAACAGCUGGUGAGUAGCAUCUCCAACAAAAUUCAUAAGAGUGGAAGAUUUGCACUCAGGAUGCGAAGGAAUGGAAAUCUGGUAAUGUUGGCACUGGAAUAUCCACUUCAAAGGGAUUACUUUUACUGGAUAUCCCAGACAGCAAAUGCUGGAGAUAAUGUUACGCUGAAUCUUGAUACCAAUGGUCUGCUGUACCUGCUGGAUACUAAUGGCAAAAAUAUAAGGACACUAAGUGAUGGCAGAACCAUGUUUGAUCAAGCUAUGUAUCGGGCAACAAUUGAUGCAGAUGGAAUAUUCCGAUUGUAUUCGCAUAAUUUGGAUCGAUACAGCAAUUGGUCAAUGGAAUGGCAGUCAUCUGAUAACAAGUGCGAUCCCACUGGCUUGUGUGGCUCAAAUGCAUAUUGUACUGUGGUGGAUCAGGUAGUUGCAUGCGCUUGUCCUUCUGGUUUUGAUUUUAUUGAUCAAAGCCAGAAGAAUUUGGGGUGCCUGCCGAAUUCAAGCGCAGAUGAUUGCUUGCAUAUUAAAGAGAGUAGUCAGGCUUUUAAUGAAUUGGAAGGCAUAUCAUGGAAAGCUGAACCAUAUUCUACUCUUCCGUCUAGUACAAAAGAAGCUUGCAGACAGGAGUGCCUAAAAGACUGUUAUUGUGAAGCUGCAGUAUAUAGGAAUCAACAGUGCGGAAAACACAGGCUUCCUCUGAGAUUUGGGAAAGCCCAGGAAAAACCAUCAAUGACAACUUUUAUCAAAGCAAGAGUUGUAGAUUUGGGAAUGAAAACUGGGGCCAGUAAUAGAAAGAAAGAGUUACGAACAAGAGGCAUCCUGAUAGCUUGCACUGCAAUCUCAACACUCGUAUCACUAGCUCUGGUGAUUUUUGGUAUUCUUUUCUACAGAUACCGUGUUUGGAACUACAAAAAAAUUACAAGUCAAGGCAAUGAUGAACUGUUCGAAGAUGCCAUUUUGAGAUCAUUUGCGUAUGACGAGCUAAAAAAAGCAACUAACAAUUUCGAGGAUGAAAUUGGCAGAGGAGCUUUUGGGACAGUGUAUAGAGGUGUCAUAUCAAAUGGCAAUAGAGCUGUGGCAAUCAAGAGGCUAGGGGAAGUGGUGGCGGAAGGUGAGAGAGAAUUUCGGAAUGAGAUGAAAGUAAUAGGGAGAACCCAUCACAAAAACUUAGUUCGAUUGUUUGGUUACUGCCAUGAUGGAUCUAACAGGCUUCUGGUAUACGAGUACAUGUGCAAUGGCUCACUUGCAGAUUUUCUUUUCAGGUCUGAGCAAAAGCCAGCCUGGGAGGAAAGAAUUGAAAUUGCACUAAACAUAGCCCGAGGAAUUGUCUAUUUGCACGAAGAAUGUGAGACCCAGAUCAUCCAUUGCGACAUCAAACCUGAAAACAUUCUGAUGGAUGAGAAAGGAUCAGCAAAAAUUGCAGAUUUUGGUUUGUCCAAGCUGCUGAUGCCCAACCAGUCCAGGACGUAUACUGUAAUCAGAGGAACAAGAGGAUAUGUUGCGCCUGAGUGGCACACUAACUUGCCAAUUACCGUCAAGGUAGAUGUGUACAGCUAUGGAAAAAUGUUACUGGAGAUCAUAUGCUGUCGUAGGAAUGUGGAUUUGAAUGUUCCUGACGACCAAGUUGUUCUUGCAAGCUGGGUCUAUGAUUGCUUUGAGGCUAAUGAGUUAGAUAAUCUAAUCCAGGACGAAGAGGUGCAGGAAGGUAAACUUGAGAGGCUGGUCAAAGUAGGACUAUGGUGCAUCCAGGAUGAGCCCUCAUCUCGGCCGUCGAUGAAGAACGUGGUGCUGAUGUUGGAAGGGACAAUAGACAUACCAGAUCCCCCAGCUCCUCCAUCCUUUUCCAGUUCCAAUAAUGACACUACUGGCACAUAAUUUGCCAAGACCUGAGGGCUACAAGACCCUUCCGAUGGGUUUUCAUUUUUGAAUCUUUCCUUGUGUAUAUUAGUUUUGAGUGGUUGAAUUUCCUUAAGGAUGGAGGGAGUAUAUAGUUAGCAAGCUUAAGUGAAAAAGAACAUUAUAAUCCAUUCUUGAUUCUUCAACCGAAAUUAAAAAUGUAAGUGUCUACAAUAAUUAAUAAUUAUGCAAAUUAUAUUUGUUA